AACCCGGGGGAACUUGGGCUGGUCUACGUGGUUUGGUUUCGUUCCGGCUCCGAGCUGCGUUACUUUCGGAGAGGCGGAGAAAAGUGGAGGCGAAGGAAGCGCAGCUCCGCGUCGGCCCGGCCCGGCCCUUCCACCCACCCUGGUGCUGGGACACAAGAGGAAGUCGAGUUCAUUUACCAGCAGCCGAAAACAUGACCGCUGUCAGAUGUCGGGUUUCUUUCUUGUUCGGCUUGUUGUGGGCCAUCGUGCUGGGAAAGAUCCCAGAACCAGAAAACCUGAGGAUUAAUCUGAUCCAGUCGAAGCGGGUAAUCAGAUGGAAUCCUGUUUCUUUCCAAGAUGGUCUACCAACAUACUCCGUUCAAAAAUCUUUUGAAAGAAGAGAUAACCGGACAUGGAUUGAUGUGCAGAACUGUGUGCACAUCACUGAAACAGAAUGUGAAUUGUUGGACAGUCUCACUUUCCAUGCGCCGUAUGACCUAAGAGUGAGAGCAGAACGUGGAAGUGAAACUUCAAACUGGGUUGAAGCAGUGUCUGCACCAAAAAAUGUGACAGUUGAUUCUUACAAUAUGAAACAUGUUGUAAGAUGGGAUCCAGAUGUUCUUCAACUUAGUCCAGUGACCUAUUCUGUUCAAUAUCAAGGAAACUUUGAGAGAAUGACCAAAGAGAAUUGGACUGAAGCAGUCAACUGCACCCGCACCACUGAGACUGAAUGUGAUUUGUUGGACAGUCUCGCUUUCUACGCCAAGUAUUAUCUAAGAGUGAGAACGGAACAGGAAGGUGCAACGUCAGAAUGGGUUGAAAUAAAGCCUUUUUGUCCAUAUAAAGACACUGUGAUUGGACCUCCAUUAGUUAAAGUACAGUCAGAGGCAGGAGUAUUACACGUCAUCAUUUCAGAUCCAGUCCGUGAGGAUGGAAACUCCCUCCGAUUCAAUUAUCAGGAUCUUACUUACAAUAUAUUUUUUUGGGAAAAGAAUGACGAUGGAAAUACAAAUGUGCAUAAUGUGACCACCCCUAUGUCAACUGCACUACUUGAGCUUCAGCCAUGGACUACCUACUGCCUGAAAGUGCAGGCCACUGUACCAGAGCUUUCAAAGCAAGGGGUGCCCAGCCCAGUGUCUUGUUCUUCUGUCACUGCUGAUGCUAAGAGAAGAGCGAUAGAAGCAGCCCAGGUCCUUUUCAUAACAUUGAUUGCUGUUUUGGUGGUAACGUUUGGAUGUUUUCUCUUUGUGAUCUAUGUACGCAGAACGAUCAAGUACCUAAUGUAUCCAUCCUACAGUCUUCCAGUGCAUAUAAGAGAGUAUUUGACUGAACCAUCCCAACAGCCUGUAUUUCCAGUGCUGCAUAAAGAUGAUCUGCAGGAGGAUCACUGGGACAAACUCUCUAUUGUGUCACAAUCAGAAACUACACCAGUGCUGCUAAAUUCAACUAAAGCCAAUGAGAAAAAGGUGAACCAAGAGACAACCAAGUCUGACAUGAAGGUCCCUAAUGAAGAUGAUGAUCUGCAAAGCAGUCAAUCAAGUGUAGAUUCUGGACAUUAUUCAAAUAGUACACAAGAUUCUUCCCAUAAAAAUCCACAGAGCAUAGAUGAUGCAUCUAAAACAUAGGAUUAAAAAAUGGUUCACAGAUUAUCAUGAACAUUCCCUUUGUUUCCAGAUGUUGACUUUGUGGUGUACUAGAUGCAUACACUUGCAUGAAAGGAAACGGACCCGGGCACUGUUGUAUUCUGCAAUAUUUUUACUGCACACAAAGAUCACUUAUGAAUUAACAUAAAUACCUUCAGUCUGCUAAUUUUGAUUAGUUGGACUACUGAAGGAUGUACAUAGCCAAGCCACUGAUCAAUUUUUUCUCUAAAAGUAACUGGAAUAUGAAAAUACUUGGCUUUAAGAUGUAUUUUCUGUUGCAGAGAAAGACUUGACAGAUUUGUCAAAGAAAGUUCAUGGACAGGAAAUAUUGAAAAACAUUGACUCUGCUAAGGUGGUAAUCUAUCCUGCUUAGUGGAUCAAUUGAAUGUGACAAUGGAAAUGUGCACAGUAAAAGUCUAUUGCAUAUGCUUUUGUACAGUGUGAUUCCGUAUAACAAGAAGAAAAUUACUCAAGUUUUGACAGUAUGGGAAAACACCUUGUAAUUGACUUUAAGGAGGUUGUGCUCACCCACAAGAGUGCAUAUGGUGUUCCUGUUCUGAUAUAGGAUUGCAGAGUAUAUUCAUGAAGACUGACAUUGUUGGUUGUUAGUCCCUGACCGUAAAUAGGUCAGUGGUUAGUCUUCUGAUAUUGAUCAUGACAAUGAGACUUUAUCAAUACUGGCAGUGUUCAAACAACCCUGACUGAAAUGGCAAUGGUAUUUCUUAGUUCUGUAACAGAGACAAUAGUGGAUACAAUCAUUAAUAAUUGUCUUGGCCACCAGUAAGAAUGAAUUUUGUUGUAUACUUGGCCUUGUGCAAGUCUUGUUGUGAGCUACUGAAUUUUCAUUGAUACAAAUUUUUGAAGCAAUAGUAAUUAAGUCGUAACUCUAGCCUAACCCUCACUUUCCACACUUCAAGCAGGAAGUGGGCUGCAAGUGGUUUUACUGCUUAGUGGAACAAAUAUAAUAUAAUGGAGUUACACAGAUUUCCCUGCUGUUUACCAUUAAAGGAUUUGCAUAUCAUAGACGAGCCAAGUAAAGAUUAGUGGUUUAUUAUCAUCCAGGCUGCUUGGAUUUAUGAGUUAGAGGUAUCAUCUAACAUAGAAAAUAGACUUUUACGUAAUUUUAAAUAUGUUGUUUACAAAUUAAUAAAAUGAACAAUCAUUAAAAUAAUGAAUAACCUUUGCCAAAGUGUUCAGCAACUUACUAAGUGCCGAGUCAUGUUCCAUUAUUGCAGAAAGUAAAUUUACUGUGUCUAAACUGUUAACUGUUAUCAGUGCUCCUGAUAGUUCAAUUAUUAUCUGAUGCAUAGAUUAAUUUUAAGUUGAUACUUGCAAACAUCUUAAGUUUUACUAUUUCUGAUUUGAUGUGUGAGUUGUGCAAAAUGUAAUUGUUUGCCAGAUUUACAUGUCCUCUUUUUAUGAAUGUGAAAUUAGCUUUGAAAUUGAAAAUAAAAUGCUUUUCAAUUCAUUGUUAU